AAGCGAGAAGCUUUGGAUGAGAAAGAAAUCGGAGCGCCUGUAUUCACCAAAAAUAUUUACACUUUUUAGCUCAUCGUUCACGUUCGGUUAUCAUCCUCAUCAUCAGUGCGAAAGGCGCGCAAAGCUAAACCGUUGUCCUAAGGCCAGUGUUUGGAAAAUUGUAGCGCCAAUGCGAACGCGCUGGCAUCGUCGGACGGGAUAAUAUACUUGGCGUGUGCUUACACCGAUUCGAUGGAACUGAUGAACUCCGAGGCAAAACCGAAAUCGGCAUCGAAUUUGCAGAAAGAGGAGCUUGUGCUGAUAUUCGAAGAAUAUCAACAAAAGGGCAAGCUGGAAAACCUGGACGACAGCAAGGAACGUCAAAAGUUCUGGAUGGAGGCGACACAACGGUUGAACAAGAUCGACGGUGGUACGGUUAAGUCAUGCUCGAAAUGGGUAAAAUAUUGGGCGGACGUGCUCAUAAACCUGCGUCGGAAAUGUCGGCUAGUGGUGGAGGGCCGGUCCAAGCGGAUCGGGCCCACUCCGUUCGAGGUACGCAUCAUGCGCGUCGGCAACCUGUACGAUGUGCUAGAACAGUGGACAAAGGCGGUAGAGAAUGGUAGCGAGAUGAGCACGAUGCAGAACGUCGAAGAGGAGUACUACCCGGAGGACACCGGCGUGCAAAAGGAAGAAAUAGUGGUGGAAAACUACUCGGAAGAUCCGCUGGACGAAGAGUUUGUGGCUACCUUUGCCAAACCGGUCGAAGAGACCGCCCAACACGGUAUCACCACACAGUUGCACAUACGAAAACAUUCGGGCGAAGUGUACAAGCCACUGGUCAAUCCGCCUCAAACUGAGUACGUGGAGCUGACGACCCUGCAUAAUGCGACGAGUGAGUUUUUACGACCCAAAGGUACCGUCACCAUAGGGCAACCACAGGCCCGACUGAAGGAGAAUCUGAAACGCACUACCGAGAAGCUAGAAACCGUGAUGAAGAAGCGGAAAAUUGAUGAUUCCCAGUUUGCCAUUGCCCAGGCGCUCACGAACAUGUCCUCCGCCAUACUGGCCCUGUCGAACAGUCUCAACGAUUUGGCACACGCACUCGCGAACGGCACCAUGCAGUGAGUGUGGCGAAGGCGCGUUGAUUACUGAUUAAGGGAUGCAUUGAUAAAUGCAUGGACCAUUUUUAAUUGUAUUAUUUUAACUAUGUGUGUGUUGUGUACGAGCGAAAGCGUAAUGAAGCGCGUGUGGCAGAAAACAUCGACGACAAAAGGUUACACGAAAUAAAUGUAUCGUUUUAU